CCAGUUCAAGGGUUGCUGGAAUUACUUCUUGCUUGUUAUGGUUCUCCGUGGAAACAUCCUUAGAAUUUCCUUUUCACACCUAUGUAACAGUGCAGCAGUGGUAUGCAAUCAAAACGCUGUCAUCUUCGAUUUUGAGAUGGACUUUUUCUAAAAACAUCAGUUAUAUUCUCAUAAGAUCGAGUAAUGCGGCGAACGAUCGCUUCAUUGAUUAUUGGAACACUGGUUUUAUUCUUCGCCAUCUUUUUUCGCACAUCUUUGGCGCACGAUGAUGAGGUUGCAUUUGUUGAAGAUGACGUGGAAGAAAUGGAGUUGCCACCGAAGACUUCUGUGGAAUGUUGCGCUGCUGGUAGCACUAGCUUCAUCAAUAAGCACUAUUUUUUGGCAAGUACAAUAGAUGGCAAGAUUACGGCAAUGGAUAUCGAAAAAAAUGGUGAGGUGGUGUGGAUAGUGGAUGCCGAUGAAGUACCAUUGUUGUCAAGUUCACUUAAUCAACAAAAAUUAGUAACCGAUAAUUUUCCAUACAUGUUGUUGCCAUCGCUUGACGGUUCGCUAUAUAUGUUCAACGUGAAAAGUAGUUCGCUGAGUCUAAUCCCUUUGAGUGCUAAUGCGCGGAUAAUGAUUGGGAAUGAUGAAAUCGCUGGUGGGACAUUUGUAACAUCUACUGGAAUUGAUCCUCUUACUGGCAAGAUGCGAUAUCGAUGCACAGCAGGAAAAUGCAUGCAGUACGAAACCACAACCAACGACUCUUUGCUUUAUACCCUUAUAAUGCGGAAAAAUACACAAGUUGCUCGAGCUGCUGAUCCUAUUACUGGAACAGAGAAGUGGAAUUUGUCAGUCAGUGAAUAUGACAUUAGCCUGGUUUCAUCAGAUCAUUCACUUCAUUUUGAACAGGCUAGUAUACCUGCUCAUAUUCAUUUUCUGCUGGAACCUCCGAGUGGUAGUGUUUCAGCAGUUGAUAACUGCGGAAAUUUGAAGUGGGAAAAGCGACUGUCAAGCCCAGUAGCUAAGGCUUGGCAAUUGUCUCGCGGCAGAAUUUUCGAGAUAUCAUUGUUUUCUCCUGAAACUAUAAGUGCAUUAAGUGAUUUUACUGGAAAUGGUUAUCAGUUUAUCUCCAAAUAUGAAGCUCCGUUUUAUUUCGGAACAGUCAAUUCAGAACCAUAUAUUAUACUUUCGGAGUUUAUGCGAGAAGAACUACGACGUACUUUUGCAGAUAUGCAAACGAAGUAUCAUCCCCAAAUACCACGCUCAUUUUAUUACACAAAAACACCAUUUCUGGACGAUCUGAAAAUUGGUGAUUUGAUACGGCGAUCGUAUAGAACAACUGGAAGUGUAAUUGAGACUAAUCAAAUAAACAAUGCGCGAGAUUUAGCGCCCUCGAAAUCAUUAACAUGUAACACGUAUGAUGCAGUCACCAUUGCUGGCAGCAAAAAGCUUAAGGAAAACAAUGAAGCGGAAGGUGAUCAUGGUUGGUACAUAUACAGACCACUUCGGAAGCUGUGCCGGAAAAGCAACCCUUUUCGAGAAAUAGAUCAGAAGAAGCAAAGAAGUUCUUACAACUACCUCUGCAGGCGAAAGAAUGUAUUGGAAGGGCUGAAACGGAUCGCACAUGAACCAGUUUCAGGAUGGUGGAAAAUCGUUGCACUUUUUUUGUCCUUAAUUGCAAGUUCAUUUGGUGCUAUUAUUAUAUUCUAUUGGCAACAGAUUCGGCAUCUUAAAUUAUUUGUUUUGUUAUAUGGUCUUGGGAAGAAAUCUCACACUCAUUCGAAUAUUUCACUUCCGAAAACAAAAUAUCCUAUUGUGGGCGCAUCUUUUGGCACUAUGCUGGUUAAUCGAAAAACAAGCACAAUAGCUUCUCAGCCUGCGCAAGAGUUGUUUUCAUCGAAAUUUCUCGAAGAUUUUGUGCCCGAAAAAUGGCUUGGACGUGGUGGUUAUGGUGUUGUUUUCAACUGUCGCAAUCGAUUGGAUGAUCGGAGCUAUGCUGUUAAACGAAUCGCAGUUAGCAACACAACUGCCGCAAUUGAUCAUGUAAAACGAGAAGCGCGCGCAAUGGCACGUCUUGACCAUCCAGGUAUAAUCCGUUAUUUUCACACUUGGAUGGAAAAACCUCCUUCUGGUUGGCAGCAAGCGAAAGAUAAAGAAAUCCUUCGAAAUAUUUGCUCUAAUGGGGAUUCCGGAAGCAAAUCCAUAAUGCAAACAUUGGAAAGUGAACAGAGUAUAACCCAAUCAAAAAAUCUUGCUGCUAAAGAUUCAUCAGUUAGUGAAGAACUGUUACAUGGAUUAAAUUUAAAUAUGCCUAUCAACGAAGAAGGUAUUGUCGUAAGUGAUUACGCCGAUAAUCUUUCGUGGAUGCGUGAUGAUAAUGACUGUAAAUUGAGAGCAGCAACGGAAUUGACGUCAUCGUCUCUCGACAAUGACAACGAGUCUAUUGGGCAUAGAAUCACUGCCGUAACUACUGGAAGUGUUGAUUCAGCAGGCAUAAUGUUUGCUCAUUAUGGGAACUCUCUGCGCAGCAUUGAAGAAAUCGCAGAAAAAGAUUUACGAAGCAGCACAUCACUGGAUCCUCUCCAACCUCCUGUUGUUUUGGUUACAAGCAUCCGUGAUUUACAAAAUUGUAAAAACAUCAAAGACUAUGUCUACCUUUACAUACAGAUGGAGUUGUGUCAAGAGUUAACACUGCACAGUUGGUUGUUAGCAAAUAAUAAGGAUGAAGAUCGUGAAAUAACUCGAAUGCGCAAAUGGCUUGCGGAAUUGGUCUGUGCCAUUGAUUACAUUCACAGCCAGGGUCUAAUUCAUAGGGAUCUGAAGCCUCAAAAUAUAUUUUUUUCUGCGGAUAAUUAUUUGAAAAUUGGUGACCUUGGUCUUGUGACAAAUUAUGUUAAUGAAGAAAGGACCGACUGCAAACAAAAUGCCAUAACAAAUGUUUCUCAUACAAGUCAUGUUGGUACCCGUUUGUAUAUGAGCCCAGAACAGCUGAAAGGCAAACCGUAUAAUGAAAAAGUUGAUGUGUUUUCACUUGGACUUAUUUUUGUUGAGCUCAUUGUACCUUGUACAACUACUAUGGAACGUAUUAGUAUCUUGUCUGGUUUGCAAAAUGGCAUUGUGCCCAAAUGCUUGGAUUAUCUUUCAUCUAAAGAGAGAAAAUUCGUCGCUUGGCUGACAGUCGUCGAUCCUGAGCUUCGUCCAUCCGCGCGUCAGUUAGCCGAAUGUGAUUACCUGCACGAUGAAGUACAUAUGUUAGGCACUUCACAUUUUCGCGAAUAUACUAUCUCAGGAGGUCGUUAAAUUUAUUUGGAAGUACAUGGAAGUAUGGGAGAGUGAUAUAAAUGCGUUUGCCGAUAGCUGGCAUCAAAUUGGAUGUAAAUGGCAAUAAAUUUUUCGGAACAUUAAGCUUCCUUCUGCAGAGAACAUAUCUGGUAUGCAGCUGUGAUUUGAUUUUAUGUUUACAUGCUAAUCGAUAUUAUGUUUUCAGUUCGAAUGCAUCAGUCUUUAUCUUGGGUUUAACCUUGUCAGUAAAUAUUUAUGAGGUGAUUAAAAUUUUUGGCUCCAAUGUUAGACAACGUUAGACACGUAAUUGGGCAUAGAGAGCUUGUUGCUGCGUUCAACAAGCAUUUAACAAGCUUCAAGUAAUUGAUUCUUCUGCAAUAAUUUCUAUCAGUGAUUUUCAAUUUUGCUAUUCCACACUUCAUAGUACAUUUGUUUUCAAUACAUUUGUUUCUAGAAAAAUUGUUCAUCUGACCUUUCUCACCUUUCUCGUCACG